AUCCUGGUGCUGGGCUUGGAUGGGGCUGGGAAGACGAGCGUUCUCCACUCCCUGGCAACAAACCAUGUCAAGCGCAGCGUGGCUCCCACCGAGGGCUUCAAUGCCAUCUGCAUCAACACCGAAGAGUCCCAAAUGGAGUUUCUGGAGAUUGGGGGCAGUGAAUCUCUGCGUUCAUACUGGAAGAUGUACUUGCCCAAAGUGCUGCUGCUAGUUUUUGUUGUGGACUCGGCUGAUCACGCCCGACUGCCUGUGGCAAAACAGCUGCUUCAUCAACUGAUCCAGAACAACUCCACCCUGCCGGUGGUGGUUCUGGCCAACAAGCAGGACCUCAAAGGUGCAUAUUGCAUCACCGAUAUCCACGAUGCUCUGGCGCUGUCAGAUAUUGGGGAUGAGAGGAAGAUGUUCUUGAUUGGUACCCACGUGGCAGAAGAUGGCUCUGAGAUCUCCUCCAGCAUGAAGGAUGCCAAGGAGCUGAUAGCGCAGCUGGUUUUGGAAACACAUCUUGACAGGAUACUUGCACUUGCAGAACCCAAGAAAGCAGCUUGUGAAAGCGAUCCCAGUCUUGACAGGAUACUUGCACUUGCAGAACCCAAGAAAGCAGCUUGUGAAAGCGAUCCCAGAAACCAAGAGACAAUCUGGACCCUCUCAGGGGGAACUAUGACAGCUCAGCCAUCUUCAAGAACAUUAGCACCAGCCAAGCACAGGAAAGAUUUUGGCAAGCACCAGCGCAGGUCAGUAAUAUGGGAAUCAACUAUCUGUGGGUGUGUCCCUCUCAGAAAGGAUUUUAGCUUCCUUUCUGAUCGGCUGCUGAAGUUGUCUGAACCUAAAAAAUGCCCACCAGCUUACCUGCUGCAAAGGCCUCGCGAGUCCCCUGAGUGGCCUGUGUCACCAGCUGCUCUGUCCUAUGACCCCUCUCCGCGGAUCCUGAAGCUUGCUCGGCCAAAGAAGCUGCACCCAGAGUUCCAGCCGCCCAGAGAGUUGCCAAUACCGGUUUCACAUCUUGCGACCUUGGCCAGAAUAUCCAUGCGGUUAGAGCGUCUCGCCGAGCCCUGUGCCAGGCGUCUUCCCUGCUGCUGCAACCGCAGCUUUCCUGACUCUGUCAUUUGUCCGGUUUCCAAGUCAGCACAGGAAGCAAUUGCAAGCCCUCGGACCAUAGAACUGGCUAGGCCAAGAAAACUACAUUUGGGCUAUGUGCCCCCACGGGAUCCUCAGUGGCCAGUGACGACGGCUGCUAAGCAUGCCGUGGCUACACCAAGGCUUGUGAAACUGGCCCAGCCCCGCAGCAGGUAG